AAAUCUUGGUUCGAUUUUUUUUUUUUUUUUUUUCUGGUGGCGGUUUCUAAGUUAAUAGAAUAUAUGAUGCAAAGGUAGCUACUUGAGCUCCCUGGUCACUCAAGAUGGUUGCUGUUUGCUCCACCUAAAUUGAUCAUAAUCUCCUUCAUGUCUUCCCCAUCCCACCGAAAGAUAUCUUAUGAUAGUACAAAUCUUACAUAAAGAUAUUUUUCGGCAGUGUAAAUUUUACCAGAAAAUAUUUUCCGGUAGUGUGUUUUUGUUAGUGUGAACAAUGUGGAGGGCUAAAACAACCAUCUCCACUCGGCUGCUACCUUUGGAUUCAGAAAGUUUUUGCUCCGGUGAACAAAUCAAAUAAAUUCGAGGCAAAAAAUCAUUACCCACUUGAGAAGCAUCUAUAUAUGUUGCAUUUAACAAACUCUACUGAUGUUUUUGGCCAUCCAUCCGCACUAAAGCUCUGAGAUAAGUGUAGUAGGCUACGAUUUCUUCCUUCAUAUAAGUGAAAGCAGACGUACAUUUGUAAUUUAUAUGACUUUGAAGUGAUUUAUUUUUAAUGAAAUGUAAGCUACAAUUUCUACAUUAUUCAUUCAUUCUCCCGGUGAUGCGUAAUUGAACAAUGUCUAAUAAAAUUGAAAAUUAUUAUGUAUAAGCAAAAAAAUUGUGAAUCAUUCCGAUGAUAAAUGUGUAAAGUUCUGAAAUUUUAGUUUGGACCGUAGAAAUUAAAUGUAUAAAAUCUUGAAAUUUCAUAUAUGUAUAGAAGACGUACAUUUGAGUUUUAGAACUGGAACUGUCUUAUAAAAAAUAGAGUGAAUGAAUGAAUGAAAAAGCAACAGGGAGUGGAGUGGAGGGAUAAGAUAUUAAGAUUGAAGAAACUGAACCAAACCAACGUAAGUAAAGUAGUAUAAUAAUAAUGCACAGUGUUCAAAUCCUCCUCGUCCAAUCAAAUCCAUUCAACGCAUUAUUAUUCCCAAUUUACCAUUACACCCCUGCCCCACUCCUCCUCCGACAUUCUUCCUCAAACAAUCAUCAUCACUGUUUCGGUCUUUCCCAAAUAAAUACUACCAACAAUCAUAUCUUCUCUUCUUCUUCCUCAUCCUCAACAAAACUCAAUCCAAAACCAACAACAAUGACUUCUUCUCCUUCCUCCUCCUCAGUGAUGAGAAAACUAGAUGUUGUGUCCCCUGUUCCAGCCGACAUAGACAUUGCAAACUCUGUCGAACCUAUUCACAUCUCCGAGAUUGCUAAACAUCUCAAUCUCACUCCUAAUCACUACGACCUUUACGGCAAAUAUAAAGCCAAGGUUUUGUUGUCUGUUCUUGAUGAACUGCAAGAAUCAAAAGAUGGAUAUUAUGUUGUGGUUGGAGGGAUUACUCCAACUCCUCUUGGUGAAGGCAAAUCUACCACUACUGUUGGUCUCUGUCAAGCUUUAGGUGCUUUUCUUCAUAAAAAGGUGGUCACCUGUGUUCGUCAACCAUCACAAGGACCUACUUUUGGAAUCAAAGGAGGUGCGGCUGGUGGUGGUUAUAGCCAAGUGAUUCCCAUGGAUGAAUUCAAUCUUCACCUAACAGGAGAUAUCCAUGCAAUCACCGCAUCAAACAAUCUUCUAGCUGCUGCAAUUGAUACACGGAUUUUUCAUGAGUCAACGCAAUCGGAUAAAGCGCUUUUCAACCGGUUAUGCCCUGCAAAUAAAGAAGGAAAAAGGAGCUUCAGUGAUGUCAUGUUUAGGCGUCUCAAGAAGCUUGGUAUUUCAAAGACUAAUCCAGAUGAUCUUACACCAGAAGAAGUAAAUAAAUUUGCUAGGCUUGAUAUUGACCCUGAAUCUAUUACAUGGAGGAGAGUAAUGGACAUCAAUGACCGGUUCUUAAGAAAAAUUACUGUCGGCCAGGGACCUGAUGAGAAAGGAAUGGUAAGAGAAACAGCAUUUGAUAUUUCAGUGGCUAGUGAGAUAAUGGCUGUUUUGGCAUUGACAACAUCCUUAGCUGAUAUGCGAGAGAGGCUAGGGAAAAUGGUUAUCGGAAACAGCAAGAGUGGUGACCCUGUAACUGCCGAUGAUCUCGGUGUUGGGGGUGCUUUAACAGUUUUAAUGAAAGAUGCCAUUCACCCUACUCUUAUGCAGACUUUGGAAGGAACACCUGUUCUUGUUCACGCUGGUCCAUUUGCAAAUAUUGCUCAUGGGAAUUCUUCUAUUGUGGCUGAUAAAAUUGCACUAAAGUUGGUUGGACCGGGUGGAUUUGUAGUUACUGAAGCUGGUUUUGGUGCUGAUAUUGGAACUGAAAAGUUUAUGAACAUCAAGUGUCGAUACAGUGGUUUGACACCUCAAUGUGCAAUUAUUGUUGCAACAAUAAGGGCAUUAAAAAUGCAUGGUGGUGGGCCAGCAGUUGUUGCUGGAAAACCUCUUGAUCAUGCAUAUUUGACUGAAAAUGUUGCUUUGGUUGAGGCCGGUUGUGUGAAUCUGGCAAGGCAUGUAUUAAACUCAAAAGCUUAUGGUGCGAAUGUUAUAGUUGCUAUCAACAAGUUUUCAACUGACACUGAAUCUGAGCUAAAUGCGGUUAGAAAGGCUGCCUUAGAUGCUGGAGCAUAUGAUGCUGUAAUAUGCAGCCAUCAUGCCCAUGGUGGCAGAGGAGCAGUGGACCUGGGAAUUGCAGUUCAAAAAGCUUGUGAGAAUGCGACACAGCCAUUGAAGUUCCUAUAUCCUUUGGAUGCAGGUAUAAAAGAGAAAAUAGAGGCAAUAGCGAAGUCAUAUGGAGCCAGUGGUGUUGAGUACUCAGAGCAGGCCGAGAAGAAGAUCGAGAUGUAUACCAAGCAAGGAUUUUCAGGACUUCCAAUCUGUAUGGCUAAGACUCAGUAUUCAUUCUCAGACAAUGCUGCAGCUAAGGGAGCUCCAACUGGGUUUAUUUUACCAAUAAGGGAUGUAAGAGCUAGUAUUGGAGCUGGAUUUAUUUAUCCUUUAGUUGGAACAAUGAGUACCAUGCCUGGCUUGCCAACAAGACCAUGCUUCUAUGACAUUGAUCUCGACACAACAACUGGAAAAGUCAUCGGUCUCUCUUAAUUAUUAAACCUCUAUCUAGUGAUCACACUCUACCAAUUGCAAAACCUUCGCGGAUGCUACUACCAAAUUCAAGAGUGUCACAAGCGACACAUUCCUCCAUGUUCUCUUGUCUCUUUGCUUGGUGAUAUGUAUGAAUGAAAUAAUUAUCUGAGGAGAUAUUGUGUACUUUUUUGUUUAUGUUGCCAUUUCUGAUAUGCAUAAGUCAUUGUUGCAAACUCUUUGGCUCUUUGCAGCUAAUGCAUAACAGUCACACAUAAUUCAUAAAAUAUAAAUGGUGGAGUUAAAGUUUCAUCAUGAUUUUUAGUAUUA